AUGAACAUUGCCUCGUGCCCCAUCACCUAUUAUGGACAGAAAUAUGACAGAGUAUAUAUUGAACAAAUUGAACUUGGCAACUUUGGGACACAAUCAAUUCUGGCAAUCAAGACUUAUUCUGGAUACACACAUGUUGAUGUGGAGGCAGAUGCACAAGUCAAUGGCCUCACAGUUUCUAAACAGAAGUUCCAGACAGCUGAAACGAAUAAAGGGGUCAUCACAGAUGUGAGCGGAUGCAGACUUUCAGGUGUUGUUUAUAAGACAAAUACGACAGCAAGGGACCCAAACACCUGUUCUACAGUAACCUGUGACGUGAGCGGAGUCGCUCGUGCCGUCAGUGAUUGUGGACCCAUGGAGCGUUGCCAAGGCGAUGGCAGUUGCGUCUGGAACACCAUGUGCACUGUGAUCGGAUCUACUGUCAUCGAUUUUGUCGGUGGGACUCAUUCUGUCCCAGACCGCUGUGGGUAUACUCUGAUGAGAUCUACACCUAUUCUAGGCUUCCAGGUGCUGGGAGUGUUUCAGGAAAGACGCCGUCAAGAUGUUAGUUUUUUAGACCGUGUGAUACUGCAGCUGGACGAGGCAGAUGUUCAGAUCUCUCUGGAACAAGGUAGCAGAGUUCGGGUGAACAAUAAAGUUUUGAUGCUCAACACCACGGCUCAGGUGGUCCACGGUGUGGAGCUCACCAAGGACCAGACAGGAGUGACUGCUAAGAUAUCAGCCUCCAAUUACACAGUUUCUGUCCUCUUUGAUGGCACCACCUCACUGAUCCACAUGAAAGGUCCAAGUGGAGCACCCAUGCAUGGUUUAUGUGGCCAUUCCAGCAGGACUUUAAGUGAAGAGAAGGCCUCUGAACACAGCGCCUCCGGCUGUGAGAUACAGUAUGAUGAUGAUGCUGACAGUACAAUCAACUGCAACGCCACGACUGAAUGGUGUAAUCUCUUGAAGCAGGCUCCCUUCACUGCUUGUAACUUGCAUAUUGACCCAGAGCCCUUCAUAAGUGCCUGCACACAAACAUUGUGCAAAUACCCUGCAGUGGAUGGUCUCAAAUGCCAGUUCCUGGAGGCUUAUGCCAGAGCCUGCAGCCACCACAGCAACAUCAGGAUGGAGGGAUGGAGGUCAAAGUCCAGCUGCUCUGAUUUCCGUCAGGACCUCUGUCAGGACCAGUUCUGCAGUGCUCAUGAGUUCUGUGGUGAAAAGAGCAAAGGUGGGGAAGCUCGCUGUCUCUGCCGGGCCAGUUUUGCCUCUAAAUACAAAUCAACAAGCACCUUUGGUGAGCCAACGAUCUGCACGCAGAAGUCUGCUUCAGUAACUCUGGCUAAAUGUCUCUUGGAGGACAAAGGCAUCGACUACUCUGUCUUACACCUCAAUGACCAGGCCUGCAAAGGUGAAAUGGACAACCUGACCCACAUGGUGACGUUCAGCUUCAACAGCAGCAACACUUGUGGUACAGUGGUCAUGUCAAACAACAGCCAGAUUAUCUACAAGAAUACCAUAGUGACACGGAACAGCUCCAUGUUUGGCCUAAUCAACCGUCACAGCCCAGUGCAUAUUGACUUCUCCUGUUUUUACAGUCAGCCUGAUGUCAAGAGCUUGGGUAUCACACUCAAACACAGCUCUGUGAUCCAGCAGAUUUCCUCUGGAGAAUGGAAUUACAGUCUCACCAUGAAGGCCUAUACCAGCCCUGACCGCAUGCAAGCUAUCCAGUCAAACAGUGACAUUGCCCUGGAUGAAAAAAUCUGGGUGGAGCUAAAGACAGAUGGGCUUGACGGAAAAAUGGUUGUUAUAGUGACUGACUCCUGCUGGGCGACCAAUCAGCCUUCACCAAGCGGAAGCCUGAGAUAUGACCUCAUCAUUAAUGGCUGCCCUAACCCUGCUGACCAGACGGUGAAGGUGGAGGGCAAUGGACAGGAAACAUCCAACUACUUCUCUUUCAACACAUUUCAGUUCUCUGGCAAGACUGGUGAUGUCUACUUGCACUGCAAAGUAGAGCUGUGUGUCAGGCAGAGUAAUUCCUGCAUUCCGAGGUGCAGCCAUGGUGAGAGAAGGCGCAGAUCUGUCAUGUCAAAAUACAAGGAUGAAAACCCUGCCUUCAUCAACUUGGCCUGGACUUAUUAAGUUUCCAUGGAGACUUGUACUAACCAAGAAGCUCAGGACAAAAUAAUUCCUGUUUUCUCCUGAUGAAGAGUCUGUGAUCAGUUAUCUCUGAAGUGAAUCUGUGCUAGCACAAAUAAAUGUAAUAAUGUCUUGUUUCGGGUUGUUUCCCUUCACAGGGUGAAAAUUAUUUCUGCAGUUUUGGAGAGGCUACUAAUUUGAUUAACGGCACCAAGCAAUACUUGAUAAGUAACAACAUAUACCUUGAUACCGUAAGAUCUCUGGGCAAAUCUUGUAUGGAAUAUAAGUAGCUGGCCCCUCUUGAGGAAUUUGCAGAUUAUAGACAAAACAGACAUGCAAAGUUGAUUAUAUAAAGAUUUGGUGAAUGGUGAAUAUCCAUUGUCCCUGUAGGGUUUUGUUGCAAUCUUUGGAACCCUCACUGCUAGUUACAGGCAUCCCAAGUUUGGACAAAGUUGCAAUGAACAAUGUGGGAUUUUCUAUGCUUUA